AUGGGAAGUCAAUGCUGCAAAAAUAAUAACAUUCGAUACUAAGGUAAUUUGGAUGUGAUUAUUUACAUAGAAGAAGAAGUAAUUUUAGUAAAUGAUCAAACAGCUAAUGUUACUCCAAAUCCAUUAUAAAAAAUAAUACUAUCUUAAUAAGGUAGUAAAUAAAGUCAAGUUGAAGAGGUUUAAAUUUAGGAUGUGUGCAAAUAGCCAGAAUAUGUAUUGGAGAGUGAAAAUAACUAAGAUGCUAUUUAAUAAGAAGAGAUUCCUACAAAAAUAAUUGAAGUAAUAAAAAAGGAAGAAUGUGAAUAACAAAUACCAAUAACAAAAGCUGAAAGUAAUUGUAUUUUUAAUAUUUAAACAGUCAAAGAAGAGAUAUAAAUGAAAAACUAAAAUUAAGGAGGAGGCUCAGUAAGGAUAAAACUAGGACAUGAUAUUUUUGUUAAACUUAAAGAGGGAUCAAUAGGAAAUCAUUACAAUUUUGGCAAAGUGUUAGGAUAAGGUGCAUUUGGAAAGGUUUGGAAAGUAACGCAUAAAACUACUGGAUUAGUUAGAGCUAUUAAGUAAUUAAAAAAAAGUUCUUUAAUAAAAGAAGAUGAAUAAAGAAUGUUUUCAGAAAUGAAUAUUUUAAAGAAUUUAGAUCAUCCUCAUAUAGUAAAAUUAUUUGAACUUUAUCAAGAUGAAAAUAAUUAUUAUUUGGUUACAGAGUAUAAUAAUUUAUUCAUUUAUUAGAUAUUUAUCAGGUGGAGAACUCUUUGAUAGAAUUAAGAAAAUGUCAUCUUUUAGUGAAAACAUAGCUGCUGAUUAUAUUCGAUAAAUAUUAUUAGCAACUAUGCAUUGUCAUUAAUAAAAUAUAGUACAUAGAGAUUUAAAACCUGAAAAUGUUAUUUUUAUUAGUGAAGAUUCAAAUUCUUAAUUAAAAGUUAUAGAUUUUGGAACAUCUAGAAAAUUUGAUAAUACAAAAGCUAUGAGUAAAAAAUUAGGAACUGUAAUCAAUUUAUAAUAUUUAAGCCAUAUUAUAUUGCUCCUGAAGUUUUAAAUCAUUAAUAUAAUGAAAAAUGUGAUAUUUGGUCUUGUGGAAUCAUUUUAUAUAUUCUCUUAUGUGGAUAUCCACCUUUUGCUGGUAAAACUGAAAAUCAAAUUUUGGAUAGAGUCAAAUAAGGCAAAUUUAAUUUUGAUCGUAUAUUAUUAUAUAUAAGGAAUAUUUAGCUGAGGAUUGGGGUCAAAUAUCUAAAGAAGCGAAAGAAUUUAUUAUUAAAUUGUUAAGAAUGGAUGCUAAUAAAAGAUUAUCAGCCAAAUAAGCUCUUGAAGAUCCUUGGUUAGUUAAAUAUGCUCCUACAUCAUAAGUAAAUAAAAGAGUUCUUGAUAAUAUCAGAUAAUUUAGAGUAUGUUUGAUAUAAUUAUAUUAUUAAGGCUUAAACUAUUUUAAAAUAAGCCCUAAUGUCAUAUAUGAUUACUUAAAUGUCUACAUAGAAAGAGAUAUCAGAAUUAUAAAAUGAAUUCAAAAGACUUGAUAUCAAUAAUGAUGGGUAUUUAUCAAAAGAAGAAUUGAUAAAAGGAUAUCAAUAAUUGAAAUUAGAUUAUAAGUAUGCAUAAGAGGAGGUUGAUAGAAUGAUAGAUAUGAUAGAUAUAAAUAGAUCUGGAAUGAUAGAUUUUUCUGAGUUUUGCAUGGCUGCGAUUAAUUAAGAAAAAUUAUUAUCAGUUUAAAGAGUUGAGUAGGCAUUUAAAAUUUUUGAUUUGGUACUAAAUUAUUUAAAUUACAUUAAUAGAAUGGUGAUGGAUUCAUUUCUAAAAAAGAAUUAGAAUCCAUUAUGGGAGAUCUUGGAGAUGAUGUUUGGAGUUAAAUUCUAUCAGAUUGUGAUGGCAAUAAUGAUGGAAAAAUCUCUUAUGAAGAAUUCUUUAGAAUGUUAAAGAACAAAAAACUUUGA